AUGGAGGAGGUGCGGGAAGGACCAGCGCUCGGUGGCGGGAUGGAGGAACCCUCGAGCACCCAGGAGCUGCCGUCGCCGCCCCCGCCCCCGUCGCCGCCGUCGCCCGCGGCCCCCGAGACCCCCGGGCUCCCGGUGCCUGAGCAGCCGACCGAGGGCUAUGCACAGCAGCUGCUGCUACAGGAAUGGGCGCCGCCGGGAGGGAGCCUGGAGCUGCCCCCGCGCCUCACCUGGAAGCUUCUCUUCCUGCAGCGGCCGCUCUACCGCAACCUGCUCCGUUCUCCCAACCCCGAAGGCAUCAACAUUUAUGAGCCAGCGCCCCCUACUGGUCCCACACAGCAACCCCUGGAGACUCUGGGCAAUUUCCGAGGCUGGCACAUUAAGACGGAGAAGCUCCAGCAGGGCCUCAGCUGGACCGUGAAGCAGCAGAGCGUGGACCUUCUGGCGGAGGGCUUGUGGGAGGAGCUGCUCGACGUUGAGCAGCCAAACAUCACGGUCAUGGACUGGUAUGAGGACAGCCGACUGGAUGUGUGUGUGUAUGAGCUGCACGUCUGGCUGCUGGCAGCUGACCGCCGCACAGUCAUCGCCCAGCACCACGUGGCCCCCCGGACCUCUGGGAGAGGCCCCCCUGGCCACUGGGUCCAGGUGUCCCACGUAUUCCGCCAGUACGGCCCUGGCGUCCGCUUUGUCCACUUCCUGCACAAGACCAAGAACCGGAUGGAGCACGGUGGGCUGCUGCGGACGAGGGUGACCGACUCCUCUGUGUCUGUGCAGUUCAGGGAGUGACUGGCUGGCUCCGGGCCCAUUCUGACCCCUUGUCAUAUCCAUCCACCCCUUGACACCUCCCUGAGCCCUUAGCAUCUUCUUGCUCCUUUAUCACUUCUGACGUCUUAGCGUCUCUCUGACCCCGUAGCAGCUCCCUGACCCUUAGAAGUCCCUAACCCUUGGCACCUCCUUGACCCUUAAGCUUACCGUGUUCCCUGAGCACCUCCCUGCUCCCUCUAGACCUUCACGACCCCUCAGCUGCUCUUGGAUCACGUACCACCUCCUAUGCCCCCGUAAUCCUGCCUGACCCUUGGUUUCUCAUUUGACAUCUUCACACAUCUUUGAAUGUCUGACUCUCUGG